CGUGCGCGCGGCGCCGCAGCCGCCACCGCGGGAGCCCUGAGACCCCGCGCCCCCCUGGCCUGGGCGGCGGCGGCGGCGGCGGCAUGCACGGCGCGCCGCGGAGCUGACGGCGGCCGCCGGCCCCAUGUCCUUCGCGAUGCUGCGCUCGGCACCGCCCGGCCGCUACCUGUACCCCGAGGUGAGCCCGCUGUCGGAGGACGAGGACCGCGGCAGCGAGAGUUCGGGCUCCGACGAGAAGCCCUGCCGCGUGCACGCGGCGCGCUGUGGCCUCCAGGGCGCCCGCAGACGGGCCGGGGGCCGGCGGGCGGGGGGCGGCGGCCCGGGGCCUGGGGGGCGGCCGGGCCGCGAGCCCCGACAGCGGCACACGGCGAACGCGCGCGAGCGGGACCGGACGAACAGCGUGAACACGGCCUUCACGGCGCUGCGCACGCUCAUCCCCACCGAGCCGGCCGACCGCAAGCUCUCCAAGAUCGAGACCCUGCGCCUGGCCUCCAGCUACAUCUCGCACCUGGGCAACGUGUUGCUGGUGGGUGAGGCCUGCGGCGACGGGCAACCCUGCCACUCGGGGCCCGCCUUCUUCCACGCGGCGCGCCCUGGCAGCCCUCCGCCCCCGCCGCCCCCGCCCCCCGCCCGCGACGGCGAGAACGCCCAGCCCAGACAGAUCUGCACCUUCUGCCUCAGCAACCAGAGGAAGUUGAGCAAGGACCGAGACAGAAAGACGGCGAUUCGGAGUUAGAGGCGGAUGCUGCUGGGCCAUCCACGGAGAGCCCCCAUGGACCUGACUCGGGCACAGGCCUCCCUGAGGGCACCCCCCAGGCCAGCCCUGCCCCAGCUGUGAGCGGGGCCGAUGGACAGACAGGCGGUGGGACUCAGAGCUGGCCCAGCACCUGCCCAGCCCCACUGGAACUUUCCGUGCUGGCUCCCAACCUGGUUUUCUUCUGGUCACUAUGUGCUGGCAUCUUGUGUCUUUGAUAUGAUAAUAUAAAGUCUGGAAACUUUGUAUAAUUAAAAACGAAACAAUUAUCUUCUAAA